AUGAAGACCCUUCUGUUGUUGGCCUUGGCCAUGGCCUUUGGCCCACUGCAGACCCACGGGAACUUGCUGGAUUUCCAGAAAAUGAUCAAGUUUACCACAGGAAAGAAUGCUGUGACUAAUUAUGCCUUCUAUGGCUGCUACUGUGGCUACGGUGGCCGAGGAUCCCCCAAGGAUGCAACGGAUUGGUGCUGUGCUGCACAUGACUGUUGCUACAGCCGCCUGGAGAAGCGGAAAUGUGGCACCAAGUUUCUGAAGUACAACUUUGAUUACCGAAAGGGCCAAAUCGUCUGCGCAAAGGAGGAUUCCUGUCGCAGGCAGCUGUGUGAAUGUGAUAAAGCCGCUACCACCUGUUUUGCGAGUAACCGGAACACCUACAAGAAACAGUACCAGUUCUACCUCAACAUACGUUGCCGUGGGAGGAGGCCCCAGUGCUGA